CUCGCUACGGUGGCCGAGGAGUGCUAAAAAAGCGUUUCCUGAGCCCAGAAGCGCGGUGCAGCGAGCCAGGUUUCUGUGGUCGCAGCCCCGAGGAGGGCGCCCGGGCAGGGGGCACCAUGGUGAAGGAGCAGUUUCGCGAGACGGAUGUGGCCAAGAAAAUAAGCCACAUCUGCUUUGGAAUGAAGUCCCCUGAGGAGAUGCGCCAGCAGGCUCACAUCCAGGUUGUGAGUAAGAACCUGUACAGCCAGGACAACAACCAUGCCCCCUUGCUGUAUGGAGUGCUUGACCACAGAAUGGGUACAAGUGAAAAGGACCGUCCUUGUGAGACCUGUGGGAAAAAUUUGGCUGACUGUCUAGGCCACUAUGGGUACAUUGACCUGGAAUUGCCGUGCUUUCAUGUGGGGUACUUCAGAGCUGUCAUCGGCAUCUUACAGAUGAUCUGCAAAACCUGCUGCCACAUCAUGCUGUCCCAAGAGGAGAAGCAGCAGUUUCUGGAUUACCUGAAGAGGCCUGGCCUGACCUACCUGCAGAAGCGAGGCCUGAAGAAGAAAAUCUCUGACAAGUGCCGGAAGAAAAGCAUUUGCCACUGCUGUGGGGCCUUUAACGGUACUGUAAAGAAAUGUGGCUUACUGAAGAUAAUCCAUGAAAAAUACAAGACCAACAAAAAAGUAGUGGAUCCCAUUGUAUCGAAUUUCCUUCAGUCCUUUGAAACAGCCAUUGAGCAUAACAAGGAAGUUGAACCUCUGCUGGGAAGGGCACAGGAAAACUUGAAUCCCUUAGUAGUUCUGAAUUUGUUUAAACGCAUCCCUGCUGAAGAUGUCCCUUUACUUCUGAUGAACCCAGAAUCUGGGAAGCCCUCAGAUUUGAUUCUCACUCGACUUUUGGUGCCUCCCUUGUGUAUCAGACCCUCCGUUGUGAGUGAUUUGAAGUCAGGCACCAAUGAAGAUGAUCUGACCAUGAAAUUGACAGAGAUCAUUUUCCUAAAUGAUGUUAUUAAAAAGCAUCGGAUCUCAGGAGCGAAGACACAGAUGAUCAUGGAGGACUGGGAUUUCCUGCAGCUGCAGUGCGCCCUCUACAUCAACAGCGAGCUCUCUGGCAUCCCCCUCAACAUGGCGCCCAAGAAGUGGACCCGGGGCUUUGUCCAGCGCUUAAAGGGGAAGCAGGGUCGAUUUAGAGGGAAUCUGUCAGGAAAGAGAGUGGAUUUUUCUGGCCGGACAGUCAUCUCACCUGACCCGAACCUCCGGAUUGAUGAGGUAGCUGUGCCAGUUCAUGUGGCCAAAAUUCUAACUUUUCCUGAGAAGGUAAGUUUUUGAAGUAUGGAAAUCGGGAAAAGAUGGCUCAGGAACUCAAGUUUGGUGAUAUUGUAGAGAGACACCUAAUAGACGGAGACGUGGUAUUGUUCAACCGGCAGCCCUCACUGCACAAGCUGAGCAUCAUGGCCCAUCUGGCCAGGGUCAAGCCCCAUCGGACUUUCAGAUUUAAUGAAUGUGUCUGCACUCCCUACAAUGCGGACUUCGAUGGUGAUGAAAUGAACCUUCAUCUUCCUCAGACGGAGGAAGCCAAAGCAGAAGCCCUUGUUCUCAUGGGGACUAAAGCAAAUCUUGUAACCCCAAGGAAUGGGGAGCCACUCAUUGCUGCUAUUCAGGAUUUCCUAACAGGUGCCUAUCUCCUCACCCUCAAGGACACUUUCUUUGAUCGAGCCAAGGCUUGCCAAAUCAUUGCUUCAAUACUGGUUGGCAAGGAUGAGAAAAUUAAAGUGCGCCUCCCACCCCCAACCAUACUAAAGCCUGUCACCCUGUGGACAGGAAAGCAGAUCUUCAGUGUCAUUCUCAGACCUAGUGAUGACAACCCCGUGAGGGCCAACCUCCGAACUAAGGGCAAGCAGUACUGCGGCAAGGGGGAAGACCUCUGCGUCAAUGAUUCCUACGUCACAAUCCAGAACAGUGAGCUGAUGAGUGGCAGCAUGGACAAAGGAACCCUGGGGUCGGGAUCCAAGAACAAUAUCUUCUACAUUCUGCUACGAGACUGGGGGCAGAAUGAGGCUGCCGACGCCAUGUCUCGGCUUGCCAGGCUGGCUCCUGUCUACCUGUCUAACCGGGGGUUCUCCAUUGGAAUCGGUGAUGUCACACCUGGCCAGGGCCUGCUGAAGGCCAAGCACGAGCUGUUGAAUGCUGGCUACAAGAAAUGUGAUGAAUACAUCGAAGCCCUGAACACAGGCAAGCUGCAGCAGCAACCAGGCUGCACUGCUGAAGAGACACUGGAGGCCCUGAUCCUGAAGGAGCUAUCUGUGAUCCGGGACCACGCUGGCAGUGCCUGCCUCCGAGAGCUGGACAAGAGCAAUAGCCCCCUCACCAUGGCCCUGUGUGGCUCCAAAGGUUCCUUCAUUAAUAUAUCACAGAUGAUCGCCUGUGUGGGACAGCAAGCCAUCAGCGGCUCUCGAGUGCCAGAUGGCUUUGAAAACAGGUCUUUGCCUCACUUUGAAAAACACUCAAAGCUCCCAGCUGCCAAAGGCUUUGUGGCUAAUAGCUUUUACUCAGGUUUAACGCCCACCGAGUUUUUCUUCCACACAAUGGCUGGCCGGGAGGGUCUGGUUGACACAGCGGUAAAAACAGCUGAAACAGGAUACAUGCAGAGAAGGCUGGUCAAAUCCCUGGAAGAUCUCUGUUCCCAGUAUGAUCUGACAGUGAGGAGCUCCACUGGUGACAUCAUCCAGUUCAUCUAUGGAGGAGAUGGCUUAGAUCCUGCAGCCAUGGAGGGGAAGGAUGAGCCACUGGAAUUCAAGAGAGUUCUGGACAACAUCAGAGCAGUGUUUCCAUGUCAGAGCGAGCGUGCUCUCAGUAAGAAUGAGCUCACUCUGACCACCGAGGCCAUCAUGAAGAAGAGCGAGUUCCUCUGCUGCCAGGAGAGCUUCCUGCAGGAAAUAAAAGCAUUCAUUAAAGGGGUUUCUGAGAAGAUCAAGAAAACCAGAGAUAAAUAUGGCAUCAAUGAUAAUGGCACAACGGAGCCUUGUGUACUCUAUCAGUUGGACCGGAUCACUCCCACUCAAAUUGAAAAGUUCCUGGAGACCUGCAGGGACAAGUACAUGAGGGCACAGAUGGAGCCAGGCUCUGCAGUGGGCGCACUCUGUGCACAGAGCAUUGGUGAGCCAGGCACCCAGAUGACCCUGAAGACUUUCCACUUUGCAGGUGUGGCCUCCAUGAACAUCACCUUAGGUGUGCCUCGUAUCAAAGAGAUCAUCAACGCUUCCAAGGCCAUCAGCACUCCAAUUAUCACAGCCCAACUAGACAGGGAUGAUGAUGCGGAUUAUGCUCGCCUGGUGAAAGGAAGAAUUGAGAAAACCCUCCUGGGGGAGAUCUCAGAGUACAUUGAGGAAGUGUUUCUUCCUGAUGACUGCUUUAUUCUUGUCAAGCUCUCCCUAGAACGUAUCCGACUUCUGAGACUGGAGGUGAACGCUGAGACAGUGCGGUACUCCAUCUGCACUUCCAAGCUCCGAGUGAAGCCUGGUGAUGUGGCUGUUCAUGGUGAGGCUGUGGUGUGCGUUACCCCAAGGGAGAACAGCAAGAGUUCCAUGUAUUAUGUGUUACAGUUCCUGAAAGAAGAUCUUCCCAAGGUGGUUGUACAGGGCAUCCCAGAGGUGUCCAGAGCAGUCAUCCACAUCGACGAGCAGAGUGGGAAGGAGAAGUAUAAGCUUCUGGUAGAGGGUGACAACCUGCGGGCUGUCAUGGCCACCCACGGUGUGAAGGGCACCCGGACCACCUCCAAUAACACCUAUGAGGUGGAGAAAACCCUGGGCAUCGAGGCUGCCCGGACAACUAUCAUCAAUGAAAUCCAGUACACAAUGGUCAACCAUGGCAUGAGUAUUGACAGAAGGCACGUGAUGCUGCUCUCUGACCUGAUGACCUACAAGGGUGAAGUCCUGGGUAUCACCAGGUUUGGCCUGGCCAAGAUGAAGGAGAGCGUGCUGAUGCUGGCCUCCUUUGAGAAGACAGCUGACCAUCUCUUUGAUGCCGCCUACUUUGGGCAGAAGGACUCUGUGUGCGGUGUGUCCGAGUGUAUCAUCAUGGGAAUCCCGAUGAACAUUGGAACCGGGCUCUUCAAGCUACUGCACAAGGCCAACAGGGACCCAAACCCGCCCAGGAGGCCGCUGAUCUUCGACACAAAUGAAUUCCACAUCCCUCUUGUCACAUAGUUCAGGGCAAGAGGGCACCAAUCCUAAUCUUAACUGUUUGUCCUAUCUGCUGCUGGACUGAGGAACUUUGUGCCUGGAUGCCCCCACCAGUGCCCAUGGUCAGACAAGGCCCCUGGCCUCCCCAGGAGUAGCUAGCUCCUCAGAUGGAGAACUGGGGUGCUGCUUGUUACCUGAGGUAGCUUAGUGCCUCCAGCCCACCCUGCCUUCUGGACUUGAGGAAGCCCAAGCCAGGGGUCCUUGCCUAUCCAACCUCACUGUAUCCUUACAUAGGCCCACAGAAACCAGGUCAUAAUCCUGGUUUCCCACUCCUCAGUUGUGCUGGACUCUCCUCCACAGACAUACUCAUGUAAAUACAUUACUGUUAUUUAUUUGAUCCUUUGAGA